GACCGGGCGGACGUGCGGGAAUGUGCCGGACACGGCGUAUAUUAAAAGAAGGUUUCUUCUGCACUUUCCUGGAGUGGAUUUGGGCUCCGAGAUCUUCUCACAGGAUCCGGACUGUUCAUAUUGCUGCUCCUUGAGUUCUGUGGUAUUUUGCACGCUGUGUGGGGAAGUGAUACAUACCACAACUCGAUAUCUCUUGCCGACUUGCGAGUUACAAAUCACGGUUCUGGAUCGCUGAAGGUCUGCGACAGGGAGAGUCGUUGGUUUUUGGCCUGUGGAGGUGUGGCCACGGCCAUGGCGGAGCCACGAAACCAAGGUGGUGGUAGCAGCCUCCAGAGGAAAAAGCCUCCCUGGCUCAGACUGGACAUCCCCGCUGCUCAAGUGUCACAGGACGAGCCACCCACCUUCGUCCAGUCAGUGAGGCGACAGGGCUUUCUGCGCAGCAUCAGCAUGCCAGUGGAGAGCACUGUGCAUUUCCACUCCCCUGCGUCAGACCCCCAUGACGCCCGAGACCGCCGCCGCCAGGCCUUUCAGCGGCAGACCUCUAUCACACAGACCAUCAAGAGCAGCAAGAAGGUACACUUUGAGCGGAUCAGCACAGUGCCCAUAAAAGGUUCACGUGCUGCACGCCGGGUGUCCAGGAGGGGGCGAUCUCUGUCCAAACUGUUCCUCAGGGGCACUGCGGACUGGUUUGGCGUGAGCAAGGAUGGUGAUGCGACGCAGAAGUGGCAGCGGAAAAGUCUCCGCCACUGCAGCCUCCGCUAUGGCAAGCUGAAGCCUCAGGUGGUGCGGGACAUGGAACUACCCAGCCAGGACAACAUCUCCAUCACGAGCACGGAGACACCGCCACCACUCUAUGUGCCAGCCCACCCACACGGCAUGCAGAAGAUCGUGGACCCCUUGGCACGGGGGCGAGCGUUCCGCAUGGUUGAAGAUGCAGAUGGCUGCAGUGUGCCCCAGACUCCCAUCACCCCCGGUGCCACAUCACUCUGCUCUUUCUCCAGUUCCCGUUCUGGCUUCAACCGACUGCCACGAAGGCGCAAGCGGGAGUCUGUUGCUAAGAUGAGCUUUCGAGCUGCAGCAGCACUGGUUAAGGGACGCUCGCUGCAUGAAACAGCCACGCGCCAUAUCCAAAGACGGAGCUUUACCCCUGGCAGCUUCCUGGACGAAGAGGCCGCAGAGCUACCAGAUGAACUUGACACCUCCUUCUUCGCCAAGGAUGGCCUGAAUCGGGAGGAGCUGUCUACAUGUGCAGAUGAGGUAUUUGAGUCGCCCGUGGAGACAGACGUGAAAGCAGAUGAGGGUGACCAGACUGGGGGAGCGCUGGACAAAUGUGAACUGGAGAGGAGUCACCUAAUGCUCAGUCCCCUGGAGCGAGGCUGGCGCAAGGGCAAAGAGGGCACCUCUCCGCAGCCCAAGGUACGCCUACAGCAGGAGGUGGUGAGCGUCAACGGGCAGAGGCGGGGCCAGCGCAUUGCCACACCUGUCAAGAAGUUGUUCGCCCGUGAGAAGCGACCCUAUGGCCUCGGCAUGGUGGGCAAGCUCACAAACCGCACAUACCGCAGCCACAUUGACAGUUACGUCAAGAGGCAGAUUGAGGACAUGGACGAUCACAGGCCCUUUUUUACUUACUGGAUAACGUUUGUCCACCUGCUGAUCACGAUCCUGGCGGUGGGAAUCUACGGCAUCGCACCCAUUGGGUUCUCUCAGCACGAAACAGUGGACUCGGUUCUCAGAAACAAAGGUGUCUAUGAAAAUGUCAAGUUUGUGCAGCAAGAGAACUUCUGGGUGGGACCAAGCUCGGAGGCGCUCAUCCACCUGGGUGCCAAGUUUUCCCCGUGCAUGCGGCAGGACCGACAGGUGCACAAGCUGAUCCAAGCCAAGCAGGAUCUGGAGCGCAACUCAGCCUGCUGCGUGCGCAAUGACCGUUCUGGCUGUGUGCAGACGUCCCGGGAACAGUGCUCUAGUACCUUGGCCGUUUGGGUGAAGUGGCCUGAGCACCUCAGUGCCCCCAAGCUGCAGGGCAAAGUCCGACAAUAUGGCUCUGUGUGCCAUCAGGAUCCCAGGGUUUGUCUUGAGCCGGGCUCAGUCUCACCACACGAGUGGCCCGACGACAUCACCAGGUGGCCGAUCUGCACCAAAUCCACAGGCAACCACACCAACUUACCCCACAUUGACUGUGACAUCACUGGGCGGCCCUGCUGCAUCGGCACUAAAGGGAGGUGUGAGAUCACCUCUCGGGAAUAUUGUGAGUUUAUGAGGGGAUAUUUCCACGAGGAAGCCACUCUGUGUUCGCAGGUGCAUUGCAUGGACGACGUAUGUGGGCUGUUACCAUUCCUCAACCCACAGGUCCCGGACCAGUUCUACCGACUCUGGCUGUCACUCUUCCUGCAUGCUGGGAUCCUCCACUGCCUGGUCUCUGUGGCCUUCCAGAUGACCAUCCUCAGAGACCUGGAGAAGCUAGCAGGCUGGCUGCGCAUCUCCAUCAUCUACAUCCUGAGUGGCAUCACAGGGAAUCUUGCCAGUGCCAUCUUUCUACCCUACCGAGCAGAGGUGGGUCCGGCUGGCUCCCAGUUUGGAAUCCUGGCCUGCCUCUUCGUGGAGCUCUUCCAGAGCUGGCAGAUUCUGGAGCGGCCCUGGCGGGCACUGGGCAAACUGUUGUGUGUUGUCCUCUUCCUCUUUGCCUUUGGCCUGCUGCCCUGGAUUGACAACUUUGCCCACAUCUGCGGCUUUGCCUCAGGCUUCUUCCUCUCUUUUGCCUUCCUGCCCUACAUCAGCUUUGGCCGGCUGGACAUGUACCGUAAGAGGUGCCAGAUCAUUGCCUCCCUGCUGGUUUUCGUGGGCCUGCUGGCUGGCCUUGUCGUGCUCUUCUAUGUCCACCCCAUCACAUGCGAGUGGUGCGAGCUCCUCACCUGCAUCCCCUUCACAGACACGUUCUGUGAGAAGUACGACCUCAAUGCGCAUCUGCAUUGAUCACUAGGGUGUGGACUGACAAAAGGGGCGUGUCCUCAUUCUUCUCCAUGCCCCAACUGCUUUGCCGAGGGAUUGCGCUCCCACCACCAAGGCUACCACCAUAAACUGUGACAGUAGGCUUUUGUAUUUUAUCCUCCUGUUACUUUUCAAGGAUGGACUAAGAACAUCGUAUGACCAAGUACAUGUCUGCACCACAAAGACUUUCUCUUCCAAAAGGCUAAGGCUUCAGGGACACUACUCCAAAAAGUUUCCCUUUUUUGCAUCAGGGCAAGAUUUUUUUCAACCGUGUUUGUGUUGUUGUUGUGUU